AUCGUGUUUCGCAAAGAACUAGAAAUAGGAAUGUCCGAGAAGAGAUACAUUGCUAUGAAAGUAAGGCCGCCACGUACGUGGCUGGUGUGGGAGCAGCAGUGUCUCUAGGAGCUGCAGGUCUGCUAGUGUUUGGAGGACAGACUGCUUACGACUUUGUCAUCAUGCCGUUGACAAGAAUUAUGGAUCCAGAAAGAGCACACAGAGCAGCAGUUCGAGUGGCUUCCCUUGGAUUUGUUCCAAAGCAAAGAGACACAGUAGAAGAUAGAGAAAUAUUGAUGACAACUGUGUUUGGUCGAGUAUUUGUCAAUCCUGUUGGCUUGGCCGCUGGCUUUGACAAACAUGCAGAAGCUAUGAGCGGCCUGUUUCAUAUGGGCUUUGGCUUUGUUGAAGUUGGCAGCAUUACUCCACAACCUCAAGAGGGCAAUCCAAAACCAAGAGUCUUUCGACUGCAAGAAGAUUGUGCCAUUAUUAAUAGAUAUGGGUUCAAUAGUUGUGGACAUGCUAUUGCAUGGAAGAGAUUAAAAGGCUGGAUGGCAAUCAAGGAAUUUCAAGCUACACGAGCUGGUGUAGCUGUUCGUGACAUGCCUUUUGUAUUGGGAGUCAAUUUGGGUAAAAAUAAAACGUCUACUGAUGCCAUUGCUGACUACGUAAAGGGAGUCAGAGAACUUGGAUGUUUUGCUGAUUACAUUGUCAUUAAUGUAUCUUCACCUAAUACACCUGGAUUGAGGAGCAUGCAGAAGAGAAAACAACUUGAGGAGCUUAUUGAUAAGGUGAUGGCUGAGAGGGAUUGCCUGGUUAAUCGACCUCCACUGUUGGUGAAGAUAGCACCUGAUUUGUCUGAUGACGACAAGGAAGACAUUGCUGCUGUUAUUUGCAGACGAAAUAGCGCUCUAGAUGGGCUCAUUGUUACUAAUACAACAACAGUGAGACCUCAAGCAUUGGAGAGCCGGUAUAGCAGUGAGAUCGGUGGUUUGAGUGGACCUCCUUUGAAGCCGUUGUCUACUGCCAUGAUUAGAGAUAUGUAUCGUCUAACAUCAGGUAAAAUACCUAUCAUUGGGGUGGGUGGUAUUUCCUCUGGCAAAGAUGCUUUUGAAAAGAUUACGGCAGGUGCAUCACUUGUUCAACUGUACACAGCUUUGGCAUAUGAAGGCCCUCCAGUUGUUGGACGUAUAAAAAAAGAGUUGGCUCACAUAUUGAGGGAGAAAGGAUAUCAGUCUGUUUCACAAGCGGUUGGUGUAGAAUCUGGAUUAUAUAGAACUAGUGUUGAUAAACGUAACUAGAUACAUAUGAAAUUAAUUUAUAGUAAAUAUCUCAAAUUUAUUGUGUCACGCGCUCUGCAGCAUGACAUCCGGGUGUGUGAUCCUG